ACUACGAGUAGUUGUACAGUAACAUCUUUAUCAUUUCUUAUUAGCCAAUUGUUAUUCAAAUGUACAAAUGUUAACCUUAAAUUAUGAUUUUGAAAAGGCCAAAAAGAUUGAACCCAAAAAUCAAUUGCAAGACUCUUCUUUUCCCAAUGAAUUAAACAAUUAAACAUUUAAACUGUUCAAUGACAGACAAUCAAACCAUCUAAUUUGUUAAUCGGUUAAAUUCCCAUCACAAUCAAUGGCAAUUGUUAAAUCAUGUUGUGGUUUCUCCCUGAGGAAAGGAAGCUUCUUAACGGCUUCUUACACUUUGAUACUUUACACAAUAAUUGUCAUGAUCAGCGCCUUACACUUUGAAGUCGUCAGUCAAACUCCCGGUCUCAUGGCAUUCACUGUAGUUAUGAUUUUUGUAUCUGGAUUUUGUGUCGUCUCAUCAGUGUUUCUUAUAAUUGGUUUAUGCGUGGAAAGUAAAGCGUUGUUGGCUCCUUGGUUAAUUGCAAUCAUAAUUGCUACAGCAUUGGACUUUAUUUUCACGAUAUUUUCAUUGUUAGACGGAGAUCUUGAAAUUGAUUCAUAUUUUGUAUUUUUCGCUCUACUUUCAAUUUGUACGUGCCUUUUAAAUAUUUACUCAAUAUUUGUUGUUACAUCUCAAUAUCAGUUAUACAGGAAAGAUUCAAAGAGGCGGAUGGAGAGUAUAUCUACGAUUCUCGAGAAAAUCGAAGCUCCAUCCAAGAGUCAAACGGAGAAAAUCGGUCUGGAGAACUCUAAUACUUCGUAUCAAUUGUACAAUGAUGAUGACCAUGACGAUGGCCACUCCAAUAACCCAUCCCAUGCAUCCUUUGUGUCCUCUGAAAUACUUGCUGUCUCUUCAUGUAAACCAAAUUGCUGUGAAUCUUGUGAAUGUAUAACCUCUCAAUAUCUGAAAUAAAAAUGUAAAAUUAUACAAUCA